AAGUUGAUAUCGUCGCCCUCGCGCUCCCUCACGCCCGACCUGCCAGAGACGGAGGACGAGGCCGCCUGGCUCGGUGCGGAGGAUGCGGUGCCGGGCUUUCUGAGCCCAAAGACGAAGCUCGGAUGGCUGCCGCAGCGAUCUGUGACAGUGGCCUUCUCGUGCCUCGCCUUCUUCGCGCCCUUUCUCUGGGGCGCUUGGCCGAUGUGGCCUGUGCAGUGCGCGCUCUCUCUCCUCAGCGAUUACGUGCACACGGGGCAGGACUCGUGGUGGCACGUCGCGGACCGGCUGCUGGCGAGGAGCCUGUCUGUCUUCAUGAUUUGUACCUCCCUCGUCUCCCUCGGCCUGUGGUGCACGGUCGCCCUCAUCGCGGGCUCCUUCUCCUUUUACGGCAUCUCGGUCCGGGCGAUGUGGAGGCAGGACUACACCACUUAUGUCUGGGCGCACACGAUGUGGCACCUCGCCGCGGGCGCCUCCAACUCGGUCAUCAUGGCGAGCGUGUGCGACGCGUCCCUCUCGGCGCAGUGCAGGCCGCGCGCGUGGCUCUUUGGCUACGUCAGCUGCAGAUGUUUAUCGUGGAGGCCGCCUGGGGAGGACCUAGCGACGAGCUCCACCUUUGAGUUCUAACCUUGUCAAUGGUAGAGAGA